GCUGACACAUCACAUGCUAGCUUCUUUUCAUUCAUGUACUAUUUUUCUUAUUCUAAAAUAAAAUCUAUCCUCUCUCUCUGCUACAGACUUCAACUUCCAGGCCUCCAUCAUUUCUCUUCUCCCACAAUCCUUUUUCUUCUCCACACACACACCCAAUCCUUUUUUAUGUUGAAUCCCAUUGACUAUUUCAAACCAUUGUUUUAACAAAAGUAAAUAAUUACAAUGUUUCAUCAACUCUGUUAAUGGUAUGUAGAUCUCUACACAAACUUUCACAUUUGAUUCAAAGAAGAAAAGCAAUCUUCCAUUGCAAUUUGUUUGUUGUAUUUGUUUCUUUUGUUGAAUCAAAUAUUGGUUGUAUAAGUUGAAGUUUGAUGUUGAGUUUUCUUUCUCCAAUUUUUCAUGUAUAUCGUUGGAGUUUAAGGAUCUAUAUCAAUGAUGAAUUUCUGAAAUUUUCCAAUUUUUUGUUGAGUUUGAUGUUGAAGGUUUGAAAUUUAGCUUGCUGCAAGUUUUGCAUUUUUGCUCACUCAUACCCGUUUCAAACCACCCGUCCAAACCGCGUAUCGUCCAAACCGACACCCGCCGUAACCGAGAGCUCAAAUGGACGGGAAUGGUUUCCAUUCUAUCACCCGCGGUUGUCAUCCGGAUUGAGGUUUUCGGACCGAUUUCCGACCGAACCGACCGUUGUCCACCCCUACUUACCUCAACUACAGCUUCAAUUUUGGAUUUCUACUGUGAGCCUCUUUCUCCUUCUUCUGGUUUUAAGCUUCAAUUUUUGAUUUCCACACUCAUAAUCUGUCAAUUAUCAUCACGACCCAAUUCAUAUUUUCUCAAUUAGGGUUAGUUUCAUAACUCAUAAAUCUCACAUUCAUGUUGAAAACUUUCAAAUCUUCAUUUGGGUUCAGCAGAACUCUUCUAGUUUGCAUAAAAAUCCAAUCUUUUCCACUAUGCACAACAACACCACUUGGAAAAAAUGAUGACACAGAAUGGGAAAAUUUGCUCAAACCCUAUGAUCUCAAACACCUUCAAAGAUCACUUAAUCCAAUAACCCCAUCACAGCUUUGUAAAUUGUUGGAACUUCCUCUUGAUGUUCCUACUUCAAUGGACUUAUUUGAAAAAGCUGGUUUGCAAAGAGGGUAUAUUCACUCGUUUCAUGUUUAUUAUCUUUUAAUUGAUAAGCUUGGUAAUGUUGGUGAGUUUAAGAUGAUAGAUAAGUUGUUGAAACAAAUGAAAGAUGAAGGCUGUGUUUUUAAAGAAUCACUUUUUAUUUUGAUUAUGAGAUAUUAUGGGAAGGCGGGGUUACCGGGUCAAGCUACUAGGCUUUUGUUGGAUAUGUGGGGUGUUUAUUGUUUUGAGCCGACGUUUAAAUCGUAUAAUGUUGUGUUGGAGAUUCUUGUUGCUGGGAAUUGUCCUAAGGUGGCGCCAAAUGUUUUUUAUGAUAUGUUGAGUAGAGGUAUUUCGCCGACUGUUUAUACGUUUGGUGUGGUUAUGAAAGCUUUUUGUAUGGUCAACGAGGUUGAUUCGGCUUGUUCUCUUUUAAGGGAUAUGACAAAGCAUGGUUGUGUUCCGAAUUCAAUUAUUUACCAAAUGUUGAUUCAUGCACUUUCUGAAAAUAAUAGAGUGAAUGAAGCUAUGAAGCUACUGGAGGAAAUGUUUUUGAUGGGCUGUGAACCUGAUGUUCAGACCUUCAAUGAUGUUAUUCACGGACUUUGCAAGGCUGGUCGGAUUCAUGAGGCAGCAAAGUUGCACGAUCGAAUGCUGCUUCGAGAUUUCACCGCAGAUGCUCUUAUUCAAGGUUAUUUGAUGCAUGGUUUGUGUAGGAUGGGGAAAGUUGAUGAAGCAAGGGCCAUGCUAAGCAAAAUUCCUAACCCUAAUACGGUGCUUUAUAAUACAUUGAUUAAUGGUUAUGUUGUUAGUGGAAGGUUUGAAGAAGCCAAGGAUCUUUUGUACAAAAACAUGGUAAUUGCCGGUUUUGAGCCUGAUGCCUUCACGUUUAACAUAAUGAUCGAUGGGCUUUGCAAAAAGGGGUAUCUGGUCUCUGCUCUUGAAUUCUUAGAUGAGAUGGUCAAGAAAGGUUUUGAGCCCAAUGUGAUCACAUACACUAUAUUGAUAGAUGGUUUCUGUAAGCAGGGUCACUUCGAGGAAGCUUCUAAAGUUGUGAAUAGCAUGUCAGCCAAGGGUCUCAGUCUGAAUACUGUGGGAUACAAUUGCUUGAUUGGUGCUCUUUGUAAAGAUGGGAAGAUUCAAGAUGCCUUGCAGAUGUAUGGUGAAAUGUCUAGCAAAGGAUGUAAACCUGACAUUUACACAUUCAAUUCCUUGAUAUAUGGAUUAUGCAAGAAUGAUAAGAUGGAAGAAGCAUUGGGUUUGUAUCGUGACAUGCUCUUGGAGGGUGUUAUCGCUAACACUGUAACAUACAAUACGCUGAUUCAUGCAUUUCUAAGGCUAGAGUUGAUUCAACAAGCAGAUAAGCUUGUUGGUGAAAUGCGAUUUAGAGGGUGUCCCCUUGAUAAUAUUACUUAUAAUGGCCUUAUUAAGGCUCUCUGUAAAACUGGGGCAACAGAGAAAUGUUUGGGAUUGAUUGAACAAAUGUUUGGUGAAGAAAUUUUUCCUAGUAUUAACUCUUGUAAUAUUCUGAUCAAUUCCUUCUGUAGGACUGGAAAAGUAAAUGACGCUCUUCAGUUUCUUCGGGAUAUGAUUCAGCGUGGUCUGACACCAGAUAUAGUCACUUAUAACAGCCUGAUCAAUGGUCUUUGCAAGAUGGGCCGUUUUCAGGAGGCUUUGAACCUUUUUAACGGGCUACAAGCCAAAGGAAUUCACCCUGAUGCUGUUACGUAUAACACAUUGAUCAGUAGGUACUGCUACGAGGGUUUGUUUAAUGACGCAUGUCAGCUUUUAUUCAAAGGUGUGAGUAAUGGUUUCAUACCUAAUGAAAUCACUUGGUCAAUAUUAAUAAAUUAUUUUGUAAAAAAGCAUCAAAGGGAGUAAGACCUUGGUCUAUGUUUAUUUGGUGGAACAGAGAGCUUCAUCUCGUUAAAAGGCCAAUUUGGUGUUUUAAAACUCCUGCCAUAAGAGAUUCACUGUAUAAUUCUCGUUGAUUUGAAUUGUCUGAUAUAGUAAUUCUGAUUCUGAGCAAUUUACUAUUCUCAUGGGAAAUUGGGGCUUUUGGCUAGCCGCUAUUAUCCGCCACGUUUCAUCCAUAGGAUGCAUUGCCAUAUUUAUGUGGCAGAUUUUUGGCUUUCCACCAUCCAUCAUCAAUAAUCUUCACAUAGCGGUAAGUGGAAAUUUUGCUGUAGAUACAUCACUUUUGAAGGAUUUCGUUUUUGCCAUACAUAACUGCACGUUGCAAGAGCUGUGGCGUCGAACUCUUGUGUUAAUUUUUUUUUUUAAAACCUUACCAAAUUUUUGUGUCAGAUGAAAUCUCAAUAAAUUAAUCAUCUGCUCCUUCUCAGUAAAUGUCAGAGUUUGUCAGACUGCAAGUACGUUGAUGGCAGAAGCAAAUGUAUUGUUUCAGCAGAUUUUGUGCUGCUGAGAAUCAAUUGAGUUCAAUUUUUCGUCAUUGUGGGGUAAGGGUUUUGAUUUGAAUUUUUUGUUUUUUCUGAUUUUCUUUGAUUCCAUUGUGGGAUAAGGUGUUUGGUAAAAUGCCUACGAGAAAAAUCUGGUGUUUAGCAUCACAUGUUUUUUGGUAAGAAUUAGAAGACAAAUGUUUUACAACAUGUGUUGCUCAUAUUAUGAUAGAUACAAUAAUAUGUCAUGGACAUAGUUUUGAAAGUGUUUGAUAAAAUGCCCAUGAGAAAAAUCUACCGUUUACUAAUUUUAUUUCGAUUGUUCAGAGAACAAACAUCCAUCACAUGAUAUAUUUGGAAAAAUCUUUAUAUAUUAUACACCGGCCAAUCUGAUUUCACUUCCAACGUAGCAGUCAUCGGCAUAGGUAGAGUGCACGAGUAUCUGCUUCUAGUUAUUUCACAGAUUGCUGCCACCAUUAAGGUAAGGAUACCUUAUGACUAUUUUUUGGAUUGCUGCCACCAUUGUUUGUAUUUGAGCAUUUUCUUGGGUUAGCUCCUUCAGUACAACAUGAAAUUAGAGUGGAAAUUUUUUGCCAACAUUGAUUUGAAAGAUAUUAUUUUAUAAAUAUUAUACUUAUGAAUUCAAAAUUAGUGACUUACACCUACAUGUGGGUGUAGCCAUGCAGGUAAAGUUCCUAAAUGUCUUUAGGAUCAAGGCUUCCUCUUUUCAGUUUGUAUGAAUCUUUUAUAGGGUCAAAAUAGACGCAUUAAAUUUACAAAUCACCUUUCUUAAUAUAUGCGAAAAAUGUCAGACGAACAAUGGCAUGCCGAGUUCAAACAAGUCUAAGGAGGAAAAUGUUACGGUGUGAGUUCUUCAUUUGCAGUUCAUUUAAGUUCCUGCAUGUGUUGUUUCUGAAAUAGAUUGUUUUUGUUAAACUGAAAUAGGUAAUUUUUUUGUCAAAACUUAUCAUUUUCAAGCUUCCUUUGUUACAGCUUCUGUUGCUCUUGAGAUUUCAUGUUUUAAAGGUUAUAGUUUUCUGCAAUAGCUCUUGAUAUUUAUGUUUUCUGCAAGAGGGAAUCCUUGAAAGUAUUUAAAAAAAGAAGGGACACCUUUGUUAAAGUAUUCUCUAAUAGCUCUUGAGAUUUAAGUAAAGAGCAUUUGAUCUUUGAUUUUUCGGUUUAAGCUUAAGUAAAAAUAUUUCUUUGAUCUUUCAUGGUUGUAAAAAAAAGGCAUAAAAGAAAUUAGGCUUAAAUAUGUCAUUGGUCCCUGCACUUUCACCAUUUUUUGGCGUUGGUCCCUGCACUUUCUUUUGUUUGGCAUUGGUCCCUGCACUUUGUAAAAGAUUUGGCAUUGGUCCUUUUGUUAACUUCAAGUUUUAAAAAAAAUGUUUAAUCUAACGGUGUGCCACGUGGACCAGUUAUUUCACGUCACGUGGCACACUAAAACACAAAAUUUUCAUAAUUGAAAUAAAUAGAAUAAAAUAAUUGAUUUUUAAUAGUUUUUAUAUUACUAUUAUUAUUACCAAUAACGUAAUAGACAUUGUCAUUUUGCUGAUAAGAUGUGGGUUAUUUGAUGUCUUAUAUGUGCAGGCUUUGCGGGAUAGAUGUAGAAAGCAUGCAAUGAAAUGACGAAAGGCAUUGUUUGAGUGGACACAUGUUAAAUCUGUUUUUUUAUAUUCUUUCCUCCAAUUUAUAUACUUUAACAUUUCUUUAGUAACAAACAAUGGGUAUGAUUCAGCUGUGAAGUUUUUUUUUUUUGAGCGAGCUGUGAAGUUGUUAGAGCUUAGAAAUGAUUUUUCAUCUAUUUUAUGAAAGAGAGAAUCCAUUAAAAAAGUUUUAAAAUAAUAUUGUUUAUUUUUUUUUUUAUAUUUUUAAGUUUUUUUUUGCAAUUGAUAAGUAUUGAGAGCUAGAGAAAUAUUAUGAAGAUAUUGUGAAUAAGAAUGAGUGUACUCAUGUUGAGCAAUUUAUAAGUAUUGAGAGCUAGAGAGAUAUCUUUAUUAAUAUAUCUUGAUUAAGAUAUCUUAACAAUCGUGUCAUUGUAUUUAAUAUCUUUGAAUUUGUGUAUGUUUGCUUUGCAUAUAGUGUCAGUGCUCAUUAUAACGCUUGCAUGCAAUGUGUUGGCACUGCUAGCUUCCAGAUGUUAGCGCAGUUACACAGUUACUUAUAGAUCUCGAAUAAUAAUCUAAUAACAGUUGCAGAGUGAGUUAACACUGUUGUAUGAAAACUAUACAGUGUAACAGAGUUUUGAAUCUAUGAUAACGUUCAGCCUCUGUUUAUAAAGCUGAUGCAUGAUUGUACUGUAAGCAUUUCUUAUCAAGACUAUGCUCAUUUCACUAAAUUCUCAGACUCCCAAAUUCUCUCGAACUUGGUUCUCUAAUAAGGUAGUAUCAAGAACCGAUUUUAAUCCAACUACAUGGCUUACAUUAAUAACCCACCACCUCUUCUGUUACCAUUGGUGGGUUCUCCGGGGAUGUACAUGACAUAUUUCCAUGGUAUGUUUUUUACGGUAUGUGAUCUAGCUGUUCCAGUGUUGACCAUUUCCAUGGUAUGUUUUUUUUACUUGUUGGGAUGUACAUGACAUAUUGACAUCUCAAGGUCAAGUUGAUUGUUUUCCAGUUAGUGUGCUCCAGGUGUCAAAGAUGGUGAAUAUAAAUUAGUUAUCCAUUUAUGUUGCUCUUUGAAGUGCUGAACCUGAGAAAUAUUGGCAAUUUGAAUGUAUACUCUGCUUCAAACAUUAUGUAGUAUCAUGAUCAUUUUCUGCUUCAAACUGUGGUGAUACCAUGGCCAUUUUCUGCUUCAAACUGUGGUUGGAUUAAUUGCCAUUGUCAUUUUCUGUUUCAAACUGUGGUUGGAUUAAUUGCCAUGGCCAUUCUCUGCUUCAAAGUGUUGUCAGAUUAAUCGCCAUUUCCAUUUUCUGCUUCAAGCUGUGAUGGUACCAUGGACACUGAUUUUCUCCUAAGUUCAAACAUGAAAACUUCAACUUGUGUGGAUGAAUCUGGCCUCUUGCAGUCCUCUGAAAAUGUGGACCAAGCAAAUACACCAACCGGAACCUUUGUCAAGGUUCAUAAUAAGUCAGGGUCCUUUGAGAAUUGAGAGGUCACUGCAAAUUUUUAAGUUCACUAGCUAUGAUGAGCUGCGCAGUGAGCUGGAGGACCCCAAGACUCAUAAAUCAGUCUGGUAAGUUGCUAUAAUGAGCUAUGCAAUGAGUUGACUCACUUGUUGACAGAGAGACUGAUAUUCUUUAAUUGUUUUUUUCAUUGAUUAUUGAAUUGAGUCUUCCUUAAGAUUUACUGCACUUCUGCAUCCUAAUAGGGAAUAGUCCAUGUUUUUCUUCUAUUUGUUUUGUUCGUUGAUGUGGAGUAUAUGUUUAUUGCUUUGAAACCAAAGAAAUUGUAGGCAAUGCAGAAGUAUUUGGUAACUUGCGUGUCAUCCGAUUCCUAAGUAGUGGUAGGUAGGCUAGAAGAGAAAUGCCGACUGAAAAAAGAAUUAAGCAAGACAUGUUAUAGUUUAGACCUCACUCUGUGGUGCAUUAUCUUUAUGAUAAUUCUCAAUUUCCAAUUUUUUUAUGGCUCAAACCUAACGAAUUUCAUAAAAACUCAUUACUGUUCAUAUGUUUCAUUUGUGUAUUUGUAUAUGCUGUUCUUUAGAUUUUUGACAGAUUGCUGCUUCAAUUAGCUUGUCAGAAUUGCUCACCAACACUUGUGGACUUGAUAAAUAUGUUUAAAGGUUGUAAUUCAAUUGUAUGAUUUUCUGACAAUCUUCUAAGACUGUAAAACAUGGCUACAAGAAAAGGGCUGAUUCCAAGAAAAGAAUAAGGCUGAGGGGUAUAGGGUUCAGCUUGAUCAAUUCGAGAAACAAGUUAGUGAAGCAAAACAGAAAUUGAAAUUCAAGAUGUCUGCAUUUAAAGCGGUGACCAAGAAGGUUUGAAUUUAAAAUGCGCCAAAUAUUAGCAGAGUAAAGAAAAGCCGAAUUAGGGAUGGCAAAAGCUAAUGAAAAGUUGGAGGAGAUUGCACUUGUUUGUGGCAAAAGCUAAAGAAAUUUUUGAAACUAUGCAAUUGGUUUGUCCAGCUGCAGAUUUCACUUGUUUUCUUAAAUGUAAUUUUUUUUCUUUCAUCGUGUUGUAAGCCAUUUUCUUAUACAAGGAGCAUAGUUAUGCAUUUUUUUUUCCUUCAUCUUAA